AUGGGGGCUCGUAACGACAACAAGAAAGCUGCCACACCGACCAUGGCGGAAAUCAAAGCUAUCUUGGACUCUGCCGCAGCUGAGGCGGACGCCUCGCUAAUCAGACCUCUUACGGCUAUUGUGUUACUAUUCUUAUUUCUUCAUGCACUCUACCGAGCUUAUUUGCACCCUUUGCGUAAAAUUCCGGGACCCGGUCUGGCGAGGUUCACGGAGCUCUGGAGAAGCAGUCGUUACUUCAAAGGCAAAUGGCAUCGUGAUAUACUUCAGCUCCAUAGGAAAUACGGCCCCGUUGUGAGGAUUGCACCAAAUGAAGUCAGCAUUGUCAGCCCAAAUCUCAUCACGACAGUUUAUAGCUAUACGGGGGGCACAGCUAAGACAAGUUGGUAUGACACCUGGGCUGCUCUAGGAGGGGCAAAAUCCGCGAGCACAGCACCUUCGUUUUUCGGGACAACAGAUACAGAGCAACACCGUUUCCUGCGGAAGAGGGUCUCGGCCACCUACAGCAUGUCAGCGGUGGUAUCAAUGGAACCAAAGGUCCAGAUCGUUCUUGAUUCACUCUGGGCAAAAUUUGACGAGUUCGCCAAGUUCAACCAGCCUCUCAAUCUCAGCAUCUGGGCAUCAUAUUUCACCUACGAUGUUGUGGGGACAUUAUGUCUGAGUGAACCCAUGGGUUUCAUCCAGAAUGGGCACGAUAAGCACGAAUUCAUCUCAUGCAUCCAUGGUGCCUUUUACUGGAUUGCAAACCUAGGCAACAUCCCAUGGCAGAGUGGAUGGAUUGCGAACCCAGUAACAGCUGUGAUUGCGCCGCGACUUGGGCUUCGCAUUGCGGACUAUGCUCGGGCGUUCCAAAGAUUUUCUAUUGAUAAAAUCCUGCGCCGCAUGGAGGACAAGUCAGGAGGUCAACACGAUAUGCUGGAUCAUUUUCUCAACAUGAAGGGGCCCCAGGGCCAACCGGCUGCACUCGGGGAGAUCUUGGCCGAGGUGGGCAAUCUGCUUGCUGCUGGGGCGGAUACCACAUCAGCUGCCAUCAAAGCUGUGCUUGGUCCUAUUCUUAAGGACCCGGUGCGCUAUAAACGCCUGCAGAGGGAGAUAGAUGCUGCGUGUGAGGCUUGUGAUAUCUCUCCAGGGAGCGGGAAAGUCUUGACCUACAGCAAUGUAAAAGACCUCCCUUUCCUGACUGCAUGCGUGAAAGAAGGCUCGCGGAUCCACCCCAGUAUUGUCUAUCAGCUUCCUAGGUUGGCGCCAGCGGAGGGGUUGAACAUUGAGGGAUAUUAUAUCAGCCCUUCCGCUACUGUGUCAAUGAGCCCGCUGGCGCAGAAUCGAUGCUGGGCGAUCUUUGGUGAUGAUGCUGAUGAGUGGCGGCCAGAGAGGUGGAUUGAAGGGGAGGGAAACUCACUGGAGAAGAUCAAGGAAAUGGAUAAACAGCUAGCCACAUUUGGUUACGGCUCCCGUACGUGCGUUGGUCGGAACCUGGCGACAUUUGAGGUCUACAAGUUUGUUGCGCAGCUUCUUUCUCGAUACGAUGUUGAACUGGUCAACGCAAAGGCGGAAUGGGAUAUCCGAUCUUGGUGGUUUGCAGAAAUUGAUAAUUGCUUUAUUCGGAUCAAGGCACGGGGGGUUUCACAGAACCAGGAUGCUUACACCCAUUCCGCGGGGAAUUCCGAGGACACUCUCUGGUCUCCAGUCUAUAAAUCCUCCUUCCGUUCCGACAGCGGUGCAUUUGCCGACUUCAUCUUGAUCUCGGUCCCCUACGCAAUGGAGCAGAAGCAGUACGUCUUCAAACGGGAUGGCGAGGUCUCAAUCGAGGCUGAUGUAUUCUUUCCUGCCGCGAAGCCUCCUUCAAAGCUCCCCAUAGCACUCUACUUCCAUGGAGGGAACUUCACUGUCGGAUCAAAAGAGCUGCUUCCACAGUUCUAUAAAGAUCGACUCAUCGAACUAGGCUUUAUCGUUGUUUCUGCCAACUAUCGUCUCUGUCCCACCAUCAGCGUCUACAAUGGCCCCGUGAAAGACUGUCUUGAUGCCUACGAAUGGGUCCGACUGGAACUACCAGGCCUGCUAAAAGAGGAGGGAGUCGCCGCAGAUGGUUCAAGGAUUGGGGUCUUUGGACACUCAUGCGGUGCCACUUUAGCUCUUCCUACAGCGUCCCUGCCCAAUCCACCACGAGCCAUCCUCGACCUGUUCGGGAUGAAAUAUUUCGAGGACCCAUCCUAUCACACCCCCUCGACAACCAAGUCGCCACCAUUUGAUGAAGAGUUCCUUGAGACUAUUCAUAAAGAUAUACCGCCCCCAACCAGUGGCCCGCCUCCGAUGGGUCCCAAUGGGCCCGACUUCACGAACUAUCGGGUGGCCUGGAUGUUCAAUGCCAUCAAGUCAGGCACGCAUUUGAAAGCUGUAGUCGCAGAUGGAGACUAUGCGCGUAUCGACCCAGCAUCUUUAUUCGCUAGGAUUAAAAGCUUCCCUCCUACCUACUUUAUCCAUGGGACAGCGGAUACCUUGGUGCCUGCUAGAUUCUCGGAAACUGCUUAUCGCGAUCUCAAAUCCCGAGGAGUAGAGACGGAAUUGGUGCUUAUUGAAGGUGGAGGGCAUGGACUCGACGCUAGGGUCCAGCCAGGUGAUUCAAUUGCUGGGGUUGUCGAGAAGGCUUUGCAGUUUCUACGCGCUCAUGUGUAUGACUGA